AUGUACAUUCCUCUAAUAGUUGCAGCUCUUACAAUUUUGCCUCCCAUAUACUACUUAUUUAGAAGAGAUUCCGAAAACGGAGCAUACAGUACGUUUGAAACAAUUAAGAUACCAUCAGAUAUAGCCCAAAGAAAUAGCAUUGUAUACUCUGAUCAAACGGUUUUAAGUCCCAGUACUUUUGUUAUGCAAGAUGUAAAUCCAAAAUAUUAUUCACAACGGUCAAUUGAACAAGCCAAGCCAUGCAGGAUCAUUGAAUAUCCAUCAUCUGAAUGCUUAGAUCCUAUAGAUAGAGAAAUAGCUCUGUUGAGAACAGAAGUUAAACAAGAAAGGCAAUCGUUGGGUGAAGCAAGAGGCCAAUUAGGAGAUAUAGUGGAAACUACAAGAAAUUUGCCUGAAGACAAGAUAUUAAUAGAAGGAAUGGAGAUAAUUAAAAGGACUGAAAAAAGAAUAAAGCAGGCAGAAGAGACCUUGGAAAAACUAGAGGAAUUAACCGAAGAUAAAAUAGAACUACAGGUUGCAAAUAAUGGUGUUCUUUCUGACUUUAUCAUUGAUUAUCCAAGACAAUUUGAGGUAUUCUUAGAAAUGGGAGGUAGAGAAGUUUACGAACAGAUCUUUGACAUGGUUAUAGCUAGCUAUAACGAAGAAAGACGAACUCUUUAUGUAGGUUGCAAAGAUCAUAUCGUUGAUAUUGCAGCAAUAUCAUGCUUCAAUCUUCAUAAGCUAGAUAAAGCCACAGUGCCCGAUACUGAAACUAUAUUUAAACCUGUCAUUGAUACGUUGAAACAAAAUCGAGAAGAAAAACAGCCGGGGGCUUUUAAACUUUCCAUUAUUGAUUUUUCUAAGUUUAAGCUUAGAUAUUUGCCCAUAUGCGCAUUGAAAUUUUUUACAACGGCUUUUGAGCUGAACAUUGCGAAUACAGGUAUCCGAACAGGAUUUGAGGAACUCUCAGAGAUUGAAACCCUUUCAUUAAUAACCAUUGAUUAUGAGCAAUCAAAGAGCUUUGACUUCAAAACAUUAGAGAAUAAAGAAGUCCAAAUUGUGCAUACUAACGAGCUUAAGACGAUUAGUCCCGAGAAUGUAGCUGGGCAGAAAGAAGGGGAAGUAGCCAUGAAAAAACAGCCAACAACAGGAAUAAAGGAGACUAGAGAAGGAUUGACGGAUGACGGUCUUCCAAUAGAAAACACGAUUGUAGAGGGUUCAAAGUGGAUUCAUUCUUACCCUAAAAGAUUUGAUGAGUUUUUGAAACUAGGUCCAAGAGCAGAUUGCGAGAAGCUUGUGUGCAAAGUUUAUGAGAGUACAAUAGAUGAGAACGUGAAGCGCCAAUACGAACUUUAUAAAAAGCAGAUUGUCGAUCUUAUGCUGAUAUCAGUCUUCAAUUUAAAACGCUGUGCCUAUGUUUCCGAAGAACAGAAGGAUGCCAUACUUAAAGAAGCUGCAAAUACCUUUAGACAAAUGCUUGAGUCCAGUAUUUUUGAUAUAAAGGAGUAUGCCCAUGUUGUUCUCAGUAAUUUUGAUUUUCACUACUUGCCUUUUGGUGCCUUAAAGUUUUUUCAUUACCUCAAGAUUUUGAACCUGAGAAAUACAGGUAUAAAAAAGGAUUUUGAGAAGCUUUGCUAUUUUGAGGGUCUUGAAACCAUAGGAAUCAGCAAGGAUCAACUGGGAUGUGAUUUCGACAAACUUGAGGAAAAGAACAUCAAUAUUAUAUUGGAUAUGCCUGAUGUUUAUGGCUAA